AUGGGUCAAAGCAGUAGUCUUUGUUUUUGGUUCUUCUUUGUGUGUGACCACGUGCCAGUGUGGGUGCGCACCUUUCUGUACUGGAGCGUUGGUUUGUUGCAAAUAGAAUGCGAUGAUGUUUCAUUUGUGGAUUUCAGUUCGUGUUGCCCCUCUGUGUCUGAAGCGAUUACGCCCUGGAGAAACAAAUGCGAGCCUGUUGCCACUACUGCCUUCCGACAAAAGGCCAGCAUUCUCACUGCUGCAAACGGCUUCCUCAGGGAAGCGCCUCUGGGAGGCUGUGCCGUGUCCUCCCCCACCAAGAGGGGAGGGGGGAGCAACAUAACAUGUUGUGUGGAUCUCUGA